GUGCUUGUUUGCCGGCAGCAUAACCAAGCAUUUAAGGAUUAAAAUUUUCUUGUUUUAAGUAAUUUGUUACUGUUUACAAUGGCUAGGCAUGAUAUUUUUGGCAAUCUCGAUAACUAUUUAGCAAAUGACAACAAUAGUUGUGACACAGCCGAGCUUCAGGAACUAAAGCGCGAAAAUGCUAGAAGGAACAUAACAAAAGAAAAUCCUAAACGUGGGAAAAUAAAUAUGUCUCUCUCAAAGAAAAGGACCGCAAAAGCCUCUAAAGAUGCCGUUCAAACGGAAAAAAUUACUGCCUGUGAGGAAAGGUUGGAAUGCAACACACACCAGCAGACAUCGGACACUGUAGCUCCUACGCCAGAGCAUACGGAAGGCAUAAGUUUACAUGAAGAUAUGCAAGAAUUGGUUCGUAAAUAUGACUUUGCGUGCUGUAAUCCGAAUCCGCAGGUGGCAAAGAACCUCAAGAAAAAGUAUAGGUUUUACUAUAAAACUAAACAGGCCUUCGAUAAAAUACAUCGGUCCUACAAAACAAAACAUCCGGUGGCUCUCACUGAGAUAGCAGUUUUUAGGGAAAAAAUGAAAACGGUCGCAGAUAAACUGGAUACAUUAUUUGUUGAAGCCAAAAACAUGCGUCAGGCAGAAGAACCCAACAUUGCAACGAGUGGCGGGCGCCACAAACGGCCAAACCUUAACCUGGGACCCCCGAUAGCCGUGAUAACAUUAGAUGAAGAUGAUCCUCCCGCAGUUCGGCCCCGUCGUUCCCUGAGACUCACUGGGUCAACUAGUCAAGAACAAACUGAAUCUGUUAUAACCUUGGAUUCGGAUGAAGAAACUGAAGCACCAUGCUCGCAACUGGAUCAGUCAUUUGAGGCAGAAAACUACGAAAUGCGAAUUAAGGUGAAAUGGGGCGGAAAUAUCGAAACCUUCAAUCAUCGGAAACAUCAGAAGUUUAUGGAUAUCAUCACACAACUGGCAGUAAGGGAACACGCCGACAAAGAAUGCAUUCUGCUAAAUCUGAACGAUCGCGUCAUCUAUGCCAACGAUACACCGGACACCAUCGGGUAUAAAACGUACCAGUUUAUCUCUGGACGCAUUCUUCAGGAAAAGGCUCCAACACUGUCCAAGGCCGGCCCUGCAACAUCAGCAACAACGACUGGAGCUAACCUCAUUACACUAAAGGUGCAGCUGGAAAAGCGCAAGGAACCGUUGCGUCUGCAGAUUAACAAAGACCAAAAGAUGGUUGUGCUGGUGGUCAAGUGUGCCGAAGAGCUGAAAUGCGAACCGGCGAAAAUUAGGCUAUACUUCGACGGUGAACUGGUUAACAACGACAGCAAACCGGAAGAACUAGAAUUGGAAGGCGACGAGAUGCUGGACGUCCACAUGGUAUAAUAACCGGUUAUAGUUUGUAACGUCGGUUGAUAUUUUUCCCUUUUAGAUCCUAAGUUUUAUCAUAACAAAUAUGUGACUUGGAUUCUGUAUUUCAAUUCUAUCUCAU